AAAAAAGGCAAACGCAGAAGGCUUAAAAAAACCAUACUUACUCAGCAGAAAGUGAUUACCCAAUAGAAACAUGCUAGAAAACUAAUACUUUACAGUGACCCAUGUGUAACCUGAAUAAAGUAAAAAAGGUACAGGAGGCUAUAAACUCUAUGAACUUGUAUGUGUAAAUGGAAAAAUACAGAAAGCAAUGACGUGUAUGCAUAGUGGAAAAGUACAGAGUAAGGGAAAAUUGGAAAAAUACAGACAGCAAUGACGUGGUGUAUGCGUAAGUGGGAAAGUACAAAGUAAGGGAAAAUUGGGGUACCUGUCCACUGAUGAAGAUUAAUUAAGAACAUCAAUAGACUAAUUAAAGACUUCAAUAGAACUAAAAAUCAGUUUUGGGGCACCUGUCCACUAUGAUAAAAAUACUUACUGAUACAUUAAGAACAUCAUAAGGACCGAAAAUCAUCUUUAUGCCAAAAAGGUCAAGUUGACCCACGAACAAGAAAGUGAAACUCCUUACUGUGCCAGAAAAGACCAGAUGGCUGAUAUUUUUAGAAAUGUGUUAAAGGGGGGUUGUGGGCACAAAUUGUGUAUAAAAUGUAUGCAAAACUGACAAUCGAGGUUCAAUUCCCCUGAAUUGAUCCGGCUUUGUGCACCUGUGCAAUAAAGUCUAAACUUUCUGAAGAGCUUGCUGCUGUUGUGUCUUUUCCCUCCUGAAAUUGUUUUCUACAGAUUGGCGAUUGGCGUGGAACUCUGUCGUUUCCUAGACACGACAUUUGGGGGCUCGUCCGGGAUACGAAAAAGGUACCAUCCUUUCGUAAAACCAACCCGGACACUAACACCGAAAAUUGAGUGAAAGAAAAGCAGCGAGCUCUUCAGAAACGUGCGCUACGAACCAGGUGCCAGAGACUUGGGAGGAGAGAAACCCAAGAAAGGCCACCUGCAAUAGCCCUGGUAAAAGCGUGUUUGGGAAAAACACUGUCCUCUGAGGUAUAAAGUAAGAAAAAAGUAUUGUUGGUAAGGUAAAAUAUUGUUCAACUGUGUUUAUGCUUAGAUUAGAUGCUUGUGCUUGCGCGGAACUAACAUUGUAUUAAGGGAAAAAAUUGUGAUUUAUGUGUAGGUGCAACUAUAAAGGAAAAUAAGUAAAAACCCGUGAAGUGUGUAGAAAGUAUAAAAAAGGGGAAAAUAAAGGUUAAAUAUAUAAUAAAAUCUUUAAAUAGGAAAAUAAAAUAAAAGUAUAAAGUAAACAUAAAAUAAUGGAAAAAGGAGAGAGAACGCCGGUUGAAAUAAUCACAGGAAAAUAUCCUAAUUGUAAAAAGGAGAUAGAACAUAUAUCAGGAAAAUGGAAAAAAAGAACUAAAAGAAUGGCGACAAAAUGGCCUAAAGAGGGCACGUUUGAUGUAGAAAUAUGCGAUCAGAUGGGAGGGGUAAUAGCAAAUUAUAGAACAGGAGACAAGUCAGAAAAAAGAAAGCGAAAAAGAGAACAGGAAAAAAGAAUUUUAGGAUGGUUUAGGUCCGCUUCCCUAGAAAAAUAUGUAGGAAUGAGUGGGGGUCGCAGUGAAGAAAUGACCCCCCCUCCGUAUACCCCGCAGUCAUCAGGACAUGCGGAAAUAAAAGAGAAGGGCGUGUACCCAAUAGGCCCGGUAACAUCUGCAGUAACAGUGUGUCCAGUAGUAAAAGGACAGGUUCAGAUACAAGGGUGGGUAGAACAUGAGGAAAGUGAGGAACAGCUCGAGAUAGAGAGAGCGCGGCUCGAGGAAGAAAAGGGAAAAAUAGAAAAAAGGGUAACAGAGCUAAGGAGAGAAUACAAGGAGGUAGAGGAGUUAGAAGAGCUGUUAAAAGAAAAAUAUAACCAGUAUGAUGAAUACCAUAGCCGGUUAAUAAAAAAGGCAAAAGAGAUAAGAGACACUGAGAAAAAACAGCAAGCGUCUAAAAAAUGCCAAAAGCCUGAACAGGUGGGGUCAAAAAGGGACGAGGAAACACCUAAAAAAUGCGAAACUGCGGGGUGGGGAAAUUUUAGAUGGGAAAAGCUCCCGUAUAACACAUGGGAAGAGCUGAAGCCAAAAAUUACCAAGAGAACAGAGUCCCGAGAAAAACAUAAGCCAUAUUUGACGAAAGACACUAUAAAUAGAAAGCAAAUCGCCCAAGCAGAAUAUAAAUACAAUAAAGGGGAGGAGGAAUUCUCCCCAGCAGAAAAAAGUGAGGCGAGCGACAAUGAGGCAUGCCAGACAAACAAUAGUGAGGCAGAAGAGUCAGACGGGGGAGAGGGGCCUGCACAGGUGGGAGGAGAUUUAGCUGGGCGAUAUCAAAACACAAGAGAAAGGCCGCCAACCCGGCGUAACCCAGCAGCAGAAGGAUAUAGCCAUAAUGCUAGUAAACCCAAUACUAUAGCACCAUUGUUGAUUAAGGAAGGGGGUGUACCCCGAUACAUUCCCUGGUCCACCCAAGAUAUGCAGAAUGUAAUAACCAAUCUCCCUGAUUUGCAGAAUGGAGCAAGCCACUGGAUCAGGGUGCUGGAGGAGGAGACGACAGGCCGGAUCCUGGCUGUGGGGGACCUGAAGGCUCUCCUGGGAAAGGCUGUGGGGAUAGAAACAAUGCUGGACAUAUUUGAGCAGGCUGGCUUUGACAGAAACCAUGCGCAGUCUCCAGCAGUGGACGGUGGGCCGUUUGAUAACGUGCGUGGGGUUGUUUGGACUGCUCUGCGAACCCUGUAUCCCGCACGACCGGACAUAACGACCUUAACGGGACCGCCGUUAAAAGACAAUGAACCACCGGCAACAUACAUCCACACGCAGUUGCGCAGGUGGAGAUUGUUAACUGAAAAGGACGUACAGGCAGAUCCCAUAAUGACCACCCUCUUCCGCAAAGCCAUCCGGGAGGGGAUGUCACCGGAAGUGGGGCGCCGCCUCGAUGAGGUGGUGGGACUGAACACCAUGACACACAGAGAGUUUGUGGAUCACGUGGUGCACGCUGUGGACAGGCAGCGGAAAGAGGGAAAAAAGCUGGAAGAUCAAACAAAAGACAUUCAAAGGAAGCUACUGCAGUUGCAGCUGGAGGAGCUGAGAGCCAAAGAAAAAGAGGCGAGAGAAAUAAAGGAGCUGAGAGCCAAAGAAAAAGAGGCGGAAAAAGUGGCAUCGGUGAAAAUACAGAAUAUGGACAAUGAAUUCUUUGACUUUGAAGCCACUCCCCCCGCCUGAACCACGGAGCAGCCGGAUGGUGCCCCAGCCGACGGUGGUCUACGACUUCUCCGGCAUCCCUCACCCAGUGGCCAUGCAAGAUACAAAAGAACAGUACAUAAGGGGGGCAAAAGGGGGGACACAAGGUGUCCAGGAAGAAGCUGCAGCUCUGCUCUCAAAAGACGGGGAGAGCGGAGGGACUGCGGGCGCUGACACCAGCCCAGGGAGCAACAGCACCAACAGUGCCCCUGCGGGUCCAGUGCGAGAAUCGCAGGCCGGCUUUCCAGUGGAGUGACGCGCAGACCGCGUACUCUGGAUUGGAAGAUAUACCAAGAACUUACCACCUACGAGGACUGCAGCAACACAUCGUGCUACGAAUCAACGUGUUAAGAAAUUGUGUAUAAUAACUUUGUUGGGUCACUUAGAAUAAUAUAUACAGCUUUGAUAUGUAUAAUCAAAUUUUGCGACUGGAGAGAGUGUUGGAGGAACCAUGGGAACAACGUUACAUUGAGGAAUCUGAUACAUUUGGAUGCUGCUAUGGCAGCAGGGGAUGCGCAGGCACCCAACAUAAUAUACAGGGGUGGUGCACACCCGACACUGUCUGACGCUGAGAAUAAGAACACAGCGAGGGGUGUUUUUCGGGGCCAUGAGGUUUGACCCCGAAAGGGGGGAAUGUAGGAGAAUUUUGAGACUCCCCAUGAGUGUGAUGACGUCACAUGUUAAAGUUAAAGGUAUUCCCAUCAAUGUUGAUCAGACUGUUUCCUCCAAACUCUCAAUGCUUCAUGAUAAAAAUUAUAUACACUCAUAUAUCACAUGUAUAACUAUAUACUAAUAUAAUCAAUAUGUAAUCCAAUAACUCUAUAUCAGUAGUUGCAGCAAAGCUUAUGGAAACGCAAGAAACCACAGUAUCCGCUGUAGAAAAAAGGCAAACGCAGAAGGCUUAAAAAAACCAUACUUACUCAGCAGAAAGUGAUUACCCAAUAGAAACAUGCUAGAAAACUAAUACUUUACAGUGACCCAUGUGUAACCUGAAUAAAGUAAAAAAGGUACAGGAGGCUAUAAACUCUAUGAACUUGUAUGUGUAAAUGGAAAAAUACAGAAAGCAAUGACGUGUAUGCAUAGUGGAAAAGUACAGAGUAAGGGAAAAUUGGAAAAAUACAGACAGCAAUGACGUGGUGUAUGCGUAAGUGGGAAAGUACAAAGUAAGGGAAAAUUGGGGUACCUGUCCACUGAUGAAGAUUAAUUAAGAACAUCAAUAGACUAAUUAAAGACUUCAAUAGAACUAAAAAUCAGUUUUGGGGCACCUGUCCACUAUGAUAAAAAUACUUACUGAUACAUUAAGAACAUCAUAAGGACCGAAAAUCAUCUUUAUGCCAAAAAGGUCAAGUUGACCCACGAACAAGAAAGUGAAACUCCUUA